AUAAGAUGUACAAUGAAACAAUGUUGACGUAAAUCUACUUUUAAAUUGUAAUAAUAUUGGUGCAGUUGGCGAUGAAAGUAUAUCUGCUUACGAUAUGUAAGACUCUGGUGGUGGCAAUAUGGCUUGGUUUAAUAACAACCACAGCAGCAAUUUACGAGUACCCAGUCGUAAGAUUUACACUUGUAGAUGUUACUGGCCAAAGCUACUCUGAUUUUAUUGACGAGCUGCGCAGUCAUUUAGUGACAGGAGACGACGUGCGCCAUGGAAUACCGGUGCUACGAAGCACGGUUGAUAUAGCGCAACGGUUCGUUUUGGUGGAGCUCACGAAUCUGCAAGGAGUUACUAUUACGGUAGCAGUGGAUGUCAUCAAUGUAUAUGUGGUUGGCUAUCGAGCUGGGAAUCGGAAUCCCAUUUUCUUCCGUCCUGACAAUGAAGCAGACUCAGUGGCUAUUACUCAUGUUUUCCCAGGUACGGAUGGACAAACAUUGACAAAUGGAGGUAACUACGAUGACCUCGAGCAUCAUGCAGGUGACAGAUCUGGGAUUAAUUUGGGCUUGCAUGCAUUAGAUGCUGCUAUUUCAGCGCUCUAUGAUUUCGCCAUGGGCGGCCAUGGCGAGGUUCCGCUUGAUAGGUUGCUACGUUCUUUCAUGGUUGGCAUCCAGAUGAUUUCAGAGGCAGCGCGAUUCAAUCUUAUCAGGGAUGAUAUAGGAGUCAGAAUUGAUGAAAACCAAGAACGCCCGCCGGAUCCUCGCAUACUUAGUGAUAACGUACCUCGAAAUUGA